AUGUCCAAAAGCUUGAAAAAGAAAAGCCACUGGACUAGCAAAGUCCAUGAGAGUGUCAUUGGCAGGAACCCGGAGGGCCAGCUGGGCUUUGAACUGAAGGGGGGCGCCGAGAAUGGACAGUUCCCCUACCUGGGGGAGGUGAAGCCCGGAAAGGUGGCCUAUGAGAGCGGCAGCAAGUUGGUGUCGGAGGAGCUGCUGCUGGAGGUGAACGAGACCCCCGUGGCGGGGCUCACCAUCAGGGACGUGCUGGCCGUGAUCAAACACUGCAAGGACCCCCUCCGGCUCAAGUGUGUGAAGCAAGGAGGAAUUGUUGAUAAAGACCUUCGUCACUACCUCAAUUUACGAUUUCAAAAGGGUUCUGUGGACCAUGAGCUUCAGCAAAUCAUUCGUGACAACCUCUACCUCCGCACGGUGCCAUGCACCACAAGGCCACAUAAGGAGGGUGAGGUCCCUGGAGUGGAUUAUAUUUUCAUCACUGUUGAAGAUUUUAUGGAAUUGGAGAAAAGUGGUGCUCUCCUAGAAAGUGGGACUUAUGAAGACAAUUACUACGGUACCCCAAAGCCGCCAGCAGAACCAGCACCAUUAUUGUUAAAUGUAACAGACCAGAUACUUCCAGGAGCCACUCCAAGUGCUGAAGGAAAAAGGAAGAGGAAUAAAUCAGUGAGCAACAUGGAGAAAGCCAGUAUAGAGCCUCCUGAGGAGGAAGAGGAAGAGAGGCCUGUGGUCAAUGGAAAUGGAGUAGUAGUAACACCAGAAUCCAGUGAACAUGAAGACAAGAGUGCAGGUGCCUCAGGGGAGAUGCCCUCCCAGCCUUAUCCUGCACCACUGUACAGUCAGCCUGAGGAGCUGAAGGAGCAGAUGGAUGACACAAAGCCAACUAAACCUGAAGACAAUGAGGAACCAGACCCAUUGCCUGAUAACUGGGAAAUGGCCUAUACAGAGAAGGGUGAAGUCUACUUCAUUGACCAUAACACAAAGACAACAUCAUGGCUGGAUCCACGACUUGCGAAAAAGGCUAAACCUCCAGAAGAGUGCAAAGAAAAUGAGCUUCCAUAUGGCUGGGAAAAAAUCGAUGAUCCCAUUUAUGGCACUUAUUAUGUUGACCACAUAAAUAGAAGAACACAGUUUGAAAAUCCUGUCCUGGAAGCAAAAAGGAAGCUACAGCAACAUAACAUGCCCCACACAGAACUUGGAACAAAGCCCCUGCAGGCCCCAGGUUUCCGAGAAAAACCACUCUUCACCCGGGAUGCAUCCCAGUUGAAGGGAACAUUCCUCAGCACCACCCUAAAAAAGAGCAACAUGGGUUUUGGAUUUACCAUCAUUGGUGGAGACGAGCCUGAUGAGUUUCUGCAGGUGAAAAGUGUGAUUCCGGAUGGGCCCGCAGCACAGGAUGGAAAAAUGGAAACAGGUGAUGUCAUUGUCUAUAUUAAUGAAGUUUGUGUCCUUGGACACACUCAUGCAGAUGUUGUCAAACUUUUCCAGUCUGUUCCUAUUGGUCAGAGUGUCAACCUGGUGUUGUGUCGUGGCUACCCUUUGCCCUUUGAUCCUGAAGACCCUGCUAACAGCAUGGUGCCACCCCUUGCAAUAAUGGAGAGGCCACCUCCAGUGAUGGUCAAUGGAAGACACAACUAUGAAACAUAUUUGGAAUACAUUUCUCGGACCUCACAGUCAGUUCCAGAUAUAACAGAUCGGCCGCCUCAUUCUUUGCACUCCAUUCCAGCUGAUGGUCAGCUAGAUGGCACAUAUCCACCACCCGUCCAUGAUGACAAUGUGUCUAUGGCUUCAUCUGGAGCCACCCAAGCUGAACUUAUGACCUUAACCAUUGUGAAAGGUGCCCAGGGCUUUGGCUUCACUAUUGCCGACAGUCCUACAGGACAGCGAGUGAAACAAAUACUUGACAUUCAGGGAUGCCCUGGCCUGUGUGAAGGUGACCUCAUUGUUGAGAUCAACCAGCAGAAUGUACAGAACCUGAGCCAUACAGAAGUAGUGGAUAUACUUAAGGACUGUCCCAUUGGAAGCGAAACUUCUUUGAUUAUCCAUCGAGGAGGUUUCUUUUCUCCAUGGAAAACUCCAAAGCCUAUAAUGGACCGAUGGGAGAAUCAAGGCAGUCCUCAAACGAGUUUAUCUGCUCCGGCCAUACCGCAGAACCUGCCCUUCCCACCUGCCCUUCACAGGAGCUCCUUUCCUGACUCAACAGAGGCCUUUGACCCACGGAAGCCUGAUCCAUAUGAGCUCUACGAGAAAUCUAGGGCCAUUUAUGAAAGUAGGCAACAAGUGCCACCCAGGACCAGUUUUCGAAUGGAUUCCUCUGGUCCAGAUUAUAAGGAAUUGGAUGUUCACCUUCGGAGGAUGGAGUCUGGAUUUGGCUUCAGAAUCCUCGGGGGAGAUGAGCCUGGACAGCCUAUUUUGAUUGGAGCUGUCAUUGCCAUGGGCUCAGCCGACAGAGAUGGCCGCCUUCACCCAGGAGAUGAGCUUGUGUACGUUGAUGGGAUUCCAGUAGCCGGCAAAACCCACCGCUACGUCAUUGACCUCAUGCACCAUGCAGCCCGCAAUGGGCAGGUCAACCUCACUGUGAGAAGAAAGGUGCUAUGUGGAGGGGAGCCCUGCCCAGAGAACGGGAGAAGUCCAGGCUCUGUAUCCACCCACCACAGCUCUCCACGCAGUGACUACGCAACCUACACCAACAGCAACCACGCUGCCCCUAGUAGCAACGCCUCUCCCCCUGAAGGCUUCGCCUCCCACAGCCUGCAGACCAGUGAUGUGGUCAUUCACCGCAAAGAGAACGAGGGCUUUGGCUUUGUCAUCAUCAGCUCCCUGAACAGGCCUGAGUCUGGAUCCACUAUAACUGUGCCCCAUAAAAUCGGACGCAUCAUUGAUGGGAGUCCUGCAGAUCGCUGUGCAAAACUAAAAGUGGGAGACCGGAUCCUAGCAGUGAAUGGCCAGUCUAUCAUCAACAUGCCUCACGCUGACAUCGUGAAGCUCAUCAAGGAUGCAGGUCUUAGUGUCACCCUUCGCAUCAUUCCUCAGGAGGAGCUCAACAGCCCCACCUCGGCACCCAGCUCAGAGAAGCAGAGUCCCCUGGCGCAGCAGAGUCCCCUGGCCCAGCAGAGUCCCCUGGCCCAGCCAAGCCCAGCCACCCCCAACAGCCCCGUCGCCCAGCCAGCACCACCUCAACCACUUCAGCUGCAAGGACAUGAAAAUAGUUACAGAUCGGAAGUGAAAGCAAGGCAAGAUGUGAAACCAGACAUCCGACAGCCUCCAUUCACAGACUACAGGCAGCCCCCACUGGACUACAGGCAACCCCCAGGAGGGGACUACCAGCAGCCCCCUCCUUUGGACUACAGGCAGCCUCCCCUGCUGGACUACAGGCAGCACUCCCCCGACACCAGGCAGUACCCUCUGUCGGACUACAGGCAACCCCAGGAUUUUGAUUAUUUCACUGUGGACAUGGAGAAAGGAGCCAAAGGAUUUGGAUUCAGCAUUCGUGGAGGAAGGGAAUACAAAAUGGAUUUGUAUGUGUUGAGAUUGGCAGAAGACGGACCAGCAAUAAGGAAUGGGAGGAUGAGGGUAGGAGAUCAAAUCAUUGAAAUCAAUGGGGAAAGCACAAGGGACAUGACACAUGCCAGAGCAAUAGAACUCAUCAAAUCUGGAGGAAGACGAGUGAGGCUGCUGCUCAAGAGAGGCACGGGACAGGUCCCAGAAUAUGGAAUGGUACCUUCCAGUCUCUCCAUGUGCAUGAAAAGUGACAAGCAUGGGUCCCCAUAUUUCUACUUAUUGGGCCACCCUAAAGACACGCCUGCGCGCAAGGCUGCCGUCGCGCCGGGGCCCUGGAAGGUGCCAGGCUCUGACAAGCUGCCGGGCGUCCUCAAACCCGGCGCCUCGGCCGCCGGCAGAUGA